UAUAUAGCCCGCGCCCCGCACACUUGCUCACGCUCAGCGGCUCAGGCAGUCUCGCAUAUUCUUCCGGAACCUCCUGGCGAAUACAUCUCAUCUUGCCUAUACCAGCGACUCGCUCACAAGCGUCCCUUCGUUUAUCCUUUUGCGGAUCGUCCAACGGAUUUCAGCUUUUAACCGUCUUAUAGCGCAAGCUAUAACUUUCGUUCUUCAAGAUUGCACCCAAACCGUUUGAAACCGAGUCGAACAACAUGUCUAAUGAAGAUGUUAUCAUGACUGACCCUGCCAGCUGCAUGGCUCAGGGAAGACGCAGUUACUUGCUGAGCGAUUUCAAUUCAGCAGUUACUUUCUUUGGCCAGGCAUGCAUGCUCUUAUCUGAAAAGCACGGUGAAGUGGCUAAUGAAUUAGCCGAUCCCUACCUAAAUUAUGGCAGAGCUUUGCUUAAUUUGAACCGCGAAGAACAGGGUGUACUGGGUCCUAAUGUGCCUGGUACUGAGGACGCUGAAGAGGAAGAAGUAGAAGAAGACGGAAAUGAGGAGAAAGAGGAAACCAAAACUGACGACAAAGCUGAAACUAAUGAUGACAAAGUGGAAGCUAGUGAAGACAAGGUGGAAACUAGUGAAGACAAGGUGGAAACUAGCGAUGAAAAAAUGGAAACUAUCGAUGAGAAAGUGGAAACUAGCGAGGAAAAAGUAGAAACUAGUGAUGACAAACCUACUAAUGGUGAAAAGUCUAAAGAAGAACCGGAAGAAACUGAUGCCAAACCAGAAACUUCUACUGAUGCUACUGACGCUAAAGAAAAUGGAGAAGCUUCUCACUCAGAACAAAAUGGUGAAGGAAAUGACAGUGAAGAUGAAGAUGACGAUGAAAAUAAAAGUAACUUACAGCUUGCAUGGGAAGUUUUGGAACUCUCUAAGGUGAUCUAUUCAAAACUACCAGAUUCUGAAUCAAAACUUGCUGAGAUUCACAGAUUGCUUGGUGAAGUAGCAAUGGAAAGCAACAAUCUAGAUGAUGCUGUAAAUGAUUUGGAAAAGUCUUUAGAAUUGUAUAGAGGUCUCACUCCUAAAGAUUCCAGAUGUAUUGCUGAUGUACUUUAUCAACUUGGUUUGGCAAGUUCUCUUCAAAACGACUUUGAAAAAGCCAUUGAACGAUUCACAGAAUCUACAGAUCUAAUAAAGGGCAGUAUCCACGAUCUCCAACAGGAUCCACCAAUUAUUUUUGAUUCGUCUAUAAACGUGGAACAGGAACUUAAGGAGCUCAAGGAAUUAUUGCCAGAAAUUGAGGCUAAAAUUGCUGACAUGCGUGAAAUGGAUCAAAAUACAGCCAAAGCUGUCCUUGAAAAUGUGAAAAAAUACAUGUCUGGCGAAACGACAAACGGUGCAGGACCAAGCGGCGCUGGUAGCUCUGGUUCAUCGUCUGCAUCCACGUCCACGGCUAAGGAAGUUAAAGAUAUUUCGCAUCUUGUACGCAAAAGCAAGAGGAAAAACGAAGAUGAGACAUCUGAACUAGCAUCUCCCUGUUGAGACUUGACAAUCAAACUGGAUGGGGAUCCUAUCAGUUAAAUAGUUAAGAAACUCAACCAUAAAUUAAGAAAAAUUUAAUAAUUAAGGAUAACUUCCAGGAAAUACAAUGUCUCUAUUAGUAUAGUUUGUAAGUGACUUUUAUUUAUUUUUUUUUAUUUAAUUUUUUCUUAAAUUUUUAACUCAAGAGACAGUAUCGUUAACUAGAAGAUAAUGCUGUAAUUUCCAUCGAAAAUAAUUUAUCAUGACAAAGUAACUUGGUAAAUUAAAACCACUGUUACUAAGUUAACUGACCACGAUAAUACUAUUAUGCUCUCAGAUUCAUUAAAUGAAAGCUGAUUUUUAUACACUUUUCCAGCAUCCAAUUUUAUAAGCUAUGUUUAAAAAAUUUGCAACUUUUAAACUUGAAAUAAUUUUUUUUAUGAAAUCAGAAUUAGAAGUCAAGUUCAAGAGUGUGUUGUUCUUUGUUUUAUUCUUGUUAUGUACGACCAUUUGAUCAAUGAAGACUUGAUAACUACGUUAGCCAGUAAAAAUAGUAUCAUUGAAUUAUUAGCAAAAUGUAAAUCACAUUUAAUCUCAUAAUAAUUCAUUCCGUUAUCAACAUACUUUAAUCAUUUAAUUUAGUUUAUGAUUCAAAUGUUAUGUAACAAUAAAAAUAUCUUUUGUAGCGAA